UUCAAUUUGAAACAUCCUCUCUCUCAAAAGUCUCCCCUUCUCUGUUUCUCUCUUGGUGUAAGAGAAAGCAAAGCACCAAAACCCAGGAAUUAAAAUAAGCUCUUUUUUUAUCUUUUUCUUCUGGGCUGUCUGAUUCUUUCGGCGGAGUACCAAAGUCGAUCAGAAACGUCGUAAAAAUCGAAACUUUGCUUGUGGGUUUUUGCUCUACAGGAAAUGGUUCAAUACCAGAGACUAAUCAGGAAAGGGGAAAAGCUUAGAGUUUCAGUUGAAAGAGGUGGUUCCGUCGCCGGUGAUGGUUUCUCAAAGAUGGCUAAACAGAAGACUAUCUUAGUUAUCUUUCUCUCCUUCCUCUCUUGCUGUUACAUCUUCAGCUUCUCCUCUUUCUCUCUUCUAAAUGCUUUGAGCAGAGAAAGUGAAGGAUUUGGUCCCUAUGAACAGUUCAUUGCACCUCUAUGUUCAGGAACCUCAAAUGGAACGAUUUGUUGUGACAGAACCGGGUUUAGAUCCGACCUUUGUAUCAUGAAAGGAGAUGUUAGAACAAACUCUGCUUCUUCAUCAGUCUUCCUCUUCACUUCGCUCAAAAACAAGACAAAGGUCUCCCAAAAGAUCAAACCUUACACAAGAAAAUGGGAAACAAGUGUGAUGCAAACAGUUCAAGAACUCAAUCUCAUUUACAGAGAUGACAAUUCUUCAGUCUCUGAACAUAGCAACAUCUGCGAUGUGUUCUACGACGUUCCUGCUGUGUUUUUCUCUACUGGUGGUUAUACUGGAAACGUUUACCACGAAUUCAACGACGGGAUCAUCCCUUUGUUCAUCACUUCACAGCAUUUCAACAAGAAGGUUGUGUUUGUGAUUGUUGAGUAUCAUAGUUGGUGGGUUAUGAAAUAUGGAGAUAUCGUUUCUCAGCUAUCCGAUUAUCCUCCCGUUGACUUCAAUGGCGACAAGAGAACGCAUUGUUUCAAAGAAGCUGUUGUUGGAUUGAAGAUUCAGGACGAGUUAACGGUUGAUUCAUCGUUGAUGCUUGGGAACAAAACGAUUCUUGAUUUCAGAAAUGUUUUGGAUCGAGCUUAUUGGCCGCGUAUCCGUGGAUUGAUUCAAGAGGAAGAACUCGAGGCAGUGAACAAGACUGCUAAAAAGGUUGGAGUAGACGGUCCUAAGAAACCGAAACUGGUGAUUCUGUCGAGAAACGGAUCGAGGGAGAUACUGAAUGAGAGCCUUUUGGUGGAAUUGGCUGAGGAAAUUGGAUUCGUUGUCGAGGUUUUGAGACCGGAUAAAACAACAGAGCUGGCAAAGAUCUAUAGAUGUUUGAAUUCGAGCAACGUCAUGAUCGGUGUUCACGGAGCAGCAAUGACACAUUUCCUUUUCUUGAAACCGAAAACAGUCUUUAUACAGAUUAUACCAGUAGGAACAGAGUGGGCGGCUGAGACUUACUAUGGUAAACCAGCCAAGAAGAUGGGACUGAAGUACAUUGGUUACAAGAUUAAACCGAAAGAGAGCUCUUUGUAUGAUGAAUAUGGCAAAGAUGAUCCGAUAAUCCGAGAUCCUAAGAGCUUUACUCAAAAAGGGUGGGAUUACACUAAGAAGAUCUAUCUCGAGCGGCAGAACGUGAAACUCGAUUUGAAAAGAUUCAGGAAACCGUUGUCUCGAGCUUUUGAUUUCUCGAUGAAACGAAUUUGACCGGUGUGUAUAGCAGUCACAAACCGGAUGUUACCAAUAAAAGCGGGUUUUAGAUUGUAUAAAUUAGUUUUGAAGAUGUAAACGUUUAGCUAUACACGUAAGAUAAUAAUUGGGAGAACAAAAUGUUUCUUUUGUGUCAUA